GGGACCACCUGGUUUGGCCCUAUCAGUUUGUGAUUUCUAUGUUUCUGGUGCAGUUGGUUUAGUUUCUACGAUAUGUUUAAAAUAUUUCUUAUUGUCAGUGUGGCUCUGGCAGCCGUAUCGGCGCAGUUCUUUGGGGGUGGUGAAUCCGGCGGUUUGGGUGAGAGUGGCGGAUUUGGCGGUUUCGGUGGUGGCGGUGAUGGUGAUGAACACAAAGAUUACUAUGCCUAUCCCAAGUAUAAAUUCGAGUACGGUGUGAAGGAUCACAAAACUGGUGAUCACAAAAAUCAUUGGGAGAUUCGCGACGGAGAUGUAGUGAAGGGCGAAUACUCGCUUCACGAACCCGACGGUACGCAACGUGUGGUCGAAUAUAAAUCCGAUAAGCAUACGGGUUUCGAAGCUCACGUCAAGCGGAUCGGCCAUGGUGGACACCCACAACUGUACGGUGGCCAUCAGGAGGAGAGCAUCGGUGGAAUCGGCGGCAUCGAAGGAGGCUACGAACACGGUGAUGCCUUCAGUUACAGCAAUGUGCAGCAUCAUCAUCUAUGAGAUCAACAGAUGGAUGAUGGCUGGUUGAACUGAGAGCCAUUACAUACUGUAACUAUCCGAGACUGAAUUUCGCGCUUUUUGCGGACAAUUAACUAUCGGCUAUCAACUGUUCUAGUUUCUAAAACCCCCUCAAUAAAUGUGAUACGAA